AUGUCCGCUGCUUCCUCUGAUCCCACCAUCACCCACAGGUCGCUCUCUUGUACUUUCCCCAAGUCGUCCCGGCAGAAUGGGCAGGAGCGAGAGCGAGAGCUCCUGGAGAAGAAUGGGUGGGAUGGGGAGGAGGAGGAGGAGGAGGAGGAGGAGGAGGAGGAGGAGGAGGAGGAGGAGGAGGAGGAGGAGGAGGAGGAGGAGGAGGAGGAAGAGGAGAAGGGCUCACCAGUCCUUAAAGCAUCGGGAGCACAUGGACAGGAGGAGGAGGCAGGGGAGGGCCAGGAGGAUGAGGAGGAGAUGGGGGAAGCAGUGGCAGAGGGGGGUGGUCUGGAUUGA